AUGUUUUCUGCUGGGGACGCACGGCGGUACCCCGGUUUCUUCACACGAACGUGGACUCCACCACCCGAAAAUAUUGGGCAUGUGAGAAGCAACCGAAGCGCCAGCAGCAUCCAAGGAGGUUUGACACAUGAGACACCGCCGCUGCUCACACCGCGGCUGGCGGCACCAAUUAAUGUGCGAGGAUUGGCCGCAACGGAUUCCAUACCUCGUCUCAACAAUCCUUUACCAUCUCCUACGGGGUUGCUGACUAAUUCUGCACUCGUCGGCAUGUCACGUGAGGAACCCAGCAUAAUGCCGCUUCUCAGCUCCAAACAAACUGCUCCUAUGGGAAUGCACCCCACCAUCUUCGCUGGGCGUCGGGGCUUGGCGGACAUGUCAGAGGAGGAGCGCAUGGAGUACACAAAUCGCUUGGAGGGAGAUAUGACUCAUGUGCAUAAUACCCUUAGCCGUGCGUAUCAGUUGCGUGAUGACUACAAAAAUGAGGCUGCACGCCUCCAUCGUGAGUUGCAGGACAAAAAUCAUCGUUUUGAUUGCCUUUUGCGCGAGCAUAGUGCAUGCAACGACGUAAUAUACCGCUGCAAGCGAGAAAACGAAGAACUGCGUCAAAAACUUGACGAAUCGGAAGGGGAGGUGCGACAGCUUAGGGAUAAGCUAGUGUCCGUAAAUUCACAAGGCAAAUAUGUCCCAUCUGGAGGUGAACGACAUGUUGGCCGUCAAGAGAUAAGUGCGCUUGAAGAGAAGAACAAAAAACUUGAGGAAGAACUUCUGGAGCUAACUAAAGAGCUUGAAAGGGAACGUGAGUGUAUUAGGCACCACGCUGUCGCUGCAGAAAUGGGGAAAAGUGAAAACACGAGUCAUGAAGAGGAAUUGGCGCAAUCAAGGUACCUGUUACAGGUGACACGUACAGAGAUAACGGAUCUACAGCAGCUUCUUCGAAAAGAACGUGAAGACUACGAAGAAAGCCUUAGGGAAGCAAUACAAGCGCGAAACAACCUUCACCAACAAAACACCGCACUGCAGGAGCAAAAGGAACAAUUGCAGGAAAUGUGUGACGAACAGCACAGGACGAUUGAGGAUCUUACUUCACAACUACUACAGCGCAAAACUGAGCAAGCAGUACAACGUGGGGCACCUGACACACAAAUGGAGACAACAGACGAGAACAAAACAGACACAAAUACAAACAACGAUGAUGAAGUGUACAGAAUGCUGGAACUACAACAGCACACACUUCAACAGCAGUUCUUCUUGCUCCGUAGGGAAGGAGAAGCGAAGGACAUCCUGCUCCAAAAAGCGAGCGAAGAAAUAUUUAACCUCCAAAAUCUUCAGCAGCAACUAGAGGCCGCCCUUCAGAAAUCGAGAGAACACGCUGCAGAACUAACGAAAAGCCUUUCCCACACACAAAACCAACUGCAGACUGCUCAAGAAAGGAUCACCGAAGAUAGCUAUGUGAUCAACAACUUUCAUCAUCAACUCAGAGAAAAAAUACAAAUAUCAGGCUCCAUAAGCGGUGAAAAGAACAUUCCACAAGGCGGGAAUAAAGAGGAAUCAAUAGAGUUAGUGACAAGAGAGACACAGAUGCCAUCAAGGUCAGGAAAUGAUUCGCAAUAUAUUACUGCAAAUGUGCAACAUGAGAAACUAAACCAACCACAAAAAGCCGAUAGCGGUCACAAUGCCACAGGGAAUAACAAGGAAUUGUCGUCAGCUCAAAAUGACGAGUACGAACAAGCCAUAAUCAAGCACAAGAUGACAGAAGAAGGUUUAACAGAAGUCAUAGAAGCACUGAAAACGGAACUGCAGCACACACAGAAGUGCCUUCGCGAGGCAGGGGAAGAGAACGUGCAACUAACGAAUAAGCUGAAUGCGGCUGGAGCUCGGGGCCGCUCAACAAGUACAACAAGAAGUGGAAGUUUAACACCAAAUGAUACAGAAGGAUCACUGAGAACAUAUAAUGCCGGAUUGAAAACACAGUUAUCCUCCGCCUUGGCAGCCCUAACACAGCUAGCAGAACAGCACGAUGCUACACUAGCAAGAGCAACUGAAAUGGAGGAACGUGUUUCUACACUUGAGGAGGAACUCCGUACAGCGCACUCAACCACGAAGAAAAUGUCUGCAGAACGUGAGCUACAUGUGACAAAACUUACGCAACUUGAGGAAACUGUUUCCCGUUUGGAGAGUUACGGUACAACACCUGAACAAACUGUGGCAGCUUUCACAACAGAAUUGCAACACACGCAACAACGUCUUCGUGAAGCAGAGGAAGAGAUCAUACAGCUAACGAAUAAGUUGAAUGCCGCUGGAGUUCGUGUACGCACCUCACAGUCUGACAAGGAUGGCAAUGCACGAGCUGCUCUUGUGUCUGAUGUUGCUGUAAGGAAUGCUGAUACGGAUCUUGGUACACAAUUGGCAUCUGCUUUAGUAGCACUUGAGCGACUUGCUGAGGAACGGGAAGCUGCUUUAGAAAAGGCAACUGAGAUGGAGGAACGUGUUUCUACACUUGAGGAGGAACUCCGUACAGCGCACUCAACCACGAAGAAAAUGUCUGCAGAACGUGAGCUACAUGUGACAAAACUUACGCAACUUGAGGAAACUGUUUCCCGUUUGGAGAGUUACGGUACAACACCUGAACAAACUGUGGCAGCUUUCACAACAGAAUUGCAACACACGCAACAACGUCUUCGUGAAGCAGAGGAAGAGAUCAUACAGCUAACGAAUAAGUUGAAUGCCGCUGGAGUUCGUGUACGCACCUCACAGUCUGACAAGGAUGGCAAUGCACGAGCUGCUCUUGUGUCUGAUGUUGCUGUAAGGAAUGCUGAUACGGAUCUUGGUACACAAUUGGCAUCUGCUUUAGUAGCACUUGAGCGACUUGCUGAGGAACGGGAAGCUGCUUUAGAAAAGGCAACUGAGAUGGAGGAACGUGUUUCUACACUUGAGGAGGAACUCCGUACAGCGCACUCAACCACGAAGAAAAUGUCUGCAGAACGUGAGCUACAUGUGACAAAACUUACGCAACUUGAGGAAACUGUUUCCCGUUUGGAGAGUUACGGUACAACACCUGAACAAACUGUGGCAGCUUUCACAACAGAAUUGCAACACACGCAACAACGUCUUCGUGAAGCAGAGCAAGAGAUCAUACAGCUAACGAAUAAGUUGAAUGCCGCUGGAGUUCGUGUACGCACCUCACAGUCUGACAAGGAUGGCAAUGCACGAGCUGCUCUUGUGUCUGAUGUUGCUGUAAGGAAUGCUGAUACGGAUCUUGGUACACAAUUGGCAUCUGCUUUAGUAGCACUUGAGCGACUUGCUGAGGAACGGGAAGCUGCUUUAGAAAAGGCAACUGAGAUGGAGGAACGUGUUUCUACACUUGAGGAGGAACUCCGUACAGCGCACUCAACCACGAAGAAAAUGUCUGCAGAACGUGAGCUACAUGUGACAAAACUUACGCAACUUGAGGAAACUGUUUCCCGUUUGGAGAGUUACGGUACAACACCUGAACAAACUGUGGCAGCUUUCACAACAGAAUUGCAACACACGCAACAACGUCUUCGUGAAGCAGAGGAAGAGAUCAUACAGCUAACGAAUAAGUUGAAUGCCGCUGGAGUUCGUGUACGCACCUCACAGUCUGACAAGGAUGGCAAUGCACGAGCUGCUCUUGUGUCUGAUGUUGCUGUAAGGAAUGCUGAUACGGAUCUUGGUACACAAUUGGCAUCUGCUUUAGUAGCACUUGAGCGACUUGCUGAGGAACGGGAAGCUGCUUUAGAAAAGGCAACUGAGAUGGAGGAACGUGUUUCUACACUUGAGGAGGAACUCCGUACAGCGCACUCAACCACGAAGAAAAUGUCUGCAGAACGUGAGCUACAUGUGACAAAACUUACGCAACUUAAGGAAACUGUUUCCCGUUUGGAGAGUUACGGUACAACACCUGAACAAACUGUGGCAGCUUUCACAACAGAAUUGCAACACACGCAACAACGUCUUCGUGAAGCAGAGGAAGAGAUCAUACAGCUAACGAAUAAGUUGAAUGCCGCUGGAGUUCGUGUACGCACCUCACAGUCUGACAAGGAUGGCAAUGCACGAGCUGCUCUUGUGUCUGAUGUUGCUGUAAGGAAUGCUGAUACGGAUCUUGGUACACAAUUGGCAUCUGCUUUAGUAGCACUUGAGCGACUUGCUGAGGAACGGGAAGCUGCUUUAGAAAAGGCAACUGAGAUGGAGGACCGUGUUUCUACACUUGAGGAGGAACUCCGUACAGCGCACUCAACCACGAAGAAAAUGUCUGCAGAACGUGAGCUACAUGUGACAAAACUUACGCAACUUGAGGAAACUGUUUCCCGUUUGGAGAGUUACGGUACAACACCUGAACAAACUGUGGCAGCUUUCACAACAGAAUUGCAACACACGCAACAACGUCUUCGUGAAGCAGAGGAAGAGAUCAUACAGCUAACGAAUAAGUUGAAUGCCGCUGGAGUUCGUGUACGCACCUCACAGUCUGACAAGGAUGGCAAUGCACGAGCUGCUCUUGUGUCUGAUGUUGCUGUAAGGAAUGCUGAUACGGAUCUUGGUACACAAUUGGCAUCUGCUUUAGUAGCACUUGAGCGACUUGCUGAGGAACGGGAAGCUGCUUUAGAAAAGGCAACUGAGAUGGAGGAACGUGUUUCUACACUUGAGGAGGAACUCCGUACAGCGCACUCAACCACGAAGAAAAUGUCUGCAGAACGUGAGCUACAUGUGACAAAACUUACGCAACUUGAGGAAACUGUUUCCCGUUUGGAGAGUUACGGUACAACACCUGAACAAACUGUGGCAGCUUUCACAACAGAAUUGCAACACACGCAACAACGUCUUCGUGAAGCAGAAGAAGAGAUCAUACAGCUAACGAAUAAGUUGAAUGCCGCUGGAGUUCGUGUACGCACCUCACAGUCUGACAAGGAUGGCAAUGCACGAGCUGCUCUUGUGUCUGAUGUUGCUGUAAGGAAUGCUGAUACGGAUCUUGGUACACAAUUGGCAUCUGCUUUAGUAGCACUUGAGCGACUUGCUGAGGAACGGGAAGCUGCUUUAGAAAAGGCAACUGAGAUGGAGGAACGUGUUUCUACACUUGAGGAGGAACUCCGUACAGCGCACUCAACCACGAAGAAAAUGUCUGCAGAACGUGAGCUACAUGUGACAAAACUUACGCAACUUGAGGAAACUGUUUCCCGUUUGGAGAGUUACGGUACAACACCUGAACAAACUGUGGCAGCUUUCACAACAGAAUUGCAACACACGCAACAACGUCUUCGUGAAGCAGAGGAAGAGAUCAUACAGCUAACGAAUAAGUUGAAUGCCGCUGGAGUUCGUGUACGCACCUCACAGUCUGACAAGGAUGGCAAUGCACGAGCUGCUCUUGUGUCUGAUGUUGCUGUAAGGAAUGCUGAUACAGAUCUUGGUACACAAUUGGCAUCUGCUUUAGUAGCACUUGAGCGACUUGCUGAGGAACGGGAAGCUGCUUUAGAAAAGGCAACUGAGAUGGAGGAACGUGUUUCUACACUUGAGGAGGAACUCCGUACAGCGCACUCAACCACGAAGAAAAUGUCUGCAGAACGUGAGCUACAUGUGACAAAACUUACGCAACUUGAGGAAACUGUUUCCCGUUUGGAGAGUUACGGUACAACACCUGAACAAACUGUGGCAGCUUUCACAACAGAAUUGCAACACACGCAACAACGUCUUCGUGAAGCAGAAGAAGAGAUCAUACAGCUAACGAAUAAGUUGAAUGCCGCUGGAGUUCGUGUACGCACCUCACAGUCUGACAAGGAUGGCAAUGCACGAGCUGCUCUUGUGUCUGAUGUUGCUGUAAGGAAUGCUGAUACGGAUCUUGGUACACAAUUGGCAUCUGCUUUAGUAGCACUUGAGCGACUUGCUGAGGAACGGGAAGCUGCUUUAGAAAAGGCAACUGAGAUGGAGGAACGUGUUUCUACACUUGAGGAGGAACUCCGUACAGCGCACUCAACCACGAAGAAAAUGUCUGCAGAACGUGAGCUACAUGUGACAAAACUUACGCAACUUGAGGAAACUGUUUCCCGUUUGGAGAGUUACGGUACAACACCUGAACAAACUGUGGCAGCUUUCACAACAGAAUUGCAACACACGCAACAACGUCUUCGUGAAGCAGAAGAAGAGAUCAUACAGCUAACGAAUAAGUUGAAUGCCGCUGGAGUUCGUGUACGCACCUCACAGUCUGACAAGGAUGGCAAUGCACGAGCUGCUCUUGUGUCUGAUGUUGCUGUAAGGAAUGCUGAUACGGAUCUUGGUACACAAUUGGCAUCUGCUUUAGUAGCACUUGAGCGACUUGCUGAGGAACGGGAAGCUGCUUUAGAAAAGGCAACUGAGAUGGAGGAACGUGUUUCUACACUUGAGGAGGAACUCCGUACAGCGCACUCAACCACGAAGAAAAUGUCUGCAGAACGUGAGCUACAUGUGACAAAACUUACGCAACUUGAGGAAACUGUUUCCCGUUUGGAGAGUUACGGUACAACACCUGAACAAACUGUGGCAGCUUUCACAACAGAAUUGCAACACACGCAACAACGUCUUCGUGAAGCAGAGGAAGAGAUCAUACAGCUAACGAAUAAGUUGAAUGCCGCUGGAGUUCGUGUACGCACCUCACAGUCUGACAAGGAUGGCAAUGCACGAGCUGCUCUUGUGUCUGAUGUUGCUGUAAGGAAUGCUGAUACAGAUCUUGGUACACAAUUGGCAUCUGCUUUAGUAGCACUUGAGCGACUUGCUGAGGAACGGGAAGCUGCUUUAGAAAAGGCAACUGAGAUGGAGGAACGUGUUUCUACACUUGAGGAGGAACUCCGUACAGCGCACUCAACCACGAAGAAAAUGUCUGCAGAACGUGAGCUACAUGUGACAAAACUUACGCAACUUGAGGAAACUGUUUCCCGUUUGGAGAGUUACGGUACAACACCUGAACAAACUGUGGCAGCUUUCACAACAGAAUUGCAACACACGCAACAACGUCUUCGUGAAGCAGAGGAAGAGAUCAUACAGCUAACGAAUAAGUUGAAUGCCGCUGGAGUUCGUGUACGCACCUCACAGUCUGACAAGGAUGGCAAUGCACGAGCUGCUCUUGUGUCUGAUGUUGCUGUAAGGAAUGCUGAUACGGAUCUUGGUACACAAUUGGCAUCUGCUUUAGUAGCACUUGAGCGACUUGCUGAGGAACGGGAAGCUGCUUUAGAAAAGGCAACUGAGAUGGAGGAACGUGUUUCUACACUUGAGGAGGAACUCCGUACAGCGCACUCAACCACGAAGAAAAUGUCUGCAGAACGUGAGCUACAUGUGACAAAACUUACGCAACUUGAGGAAACUGUUUCCCGUUUGGAGAGUUACGGUACAACACCUGAACAAACUGUGGCAGCUUUCACAACAGAAUUGCAACACACGCAACAACGUCUUCGUGAAGCAGAAGAAGAGAUCAUACAGCUAACGAAUAAGUUGAAUGCCGCUGGAGUUCGUGUACGCACCUCACAGUCUGACAAGGAUGGCAAUGCACGAGCUGCUCUUGUGUCUGAUGUUGCUGUAAGGAAUGCUGAUACAGAUCUUGGUACACAAUUGGCAUCUGCUUUAGUAGCACUUGAGCGACUUGCUGAGGAACGGGAAGCUGCUUUAGAAAAGGCAACUGAGAUGGAGGAACGUGUUUCUACACUUGAGGAGGAACUCCGUACAGCGCACUCAACCACGAAGAAAAUGUCUGCAGAACGUGAGCUACAUGUGACAAAACUUACGCAACUUGAGGAAACUGUUUCCCGUUUGGAGAGUUACGGUACAACACCUGAACAAACUGUGGCAGCUUUCACAACAGAAUUGCAACACACGCAACAACGUCUUCGUGAAGCAGAAGAAGAGAUCAUACAGCUAACGAAUAAGUUGAAUGCCGCUGGAGUUCGUGUACGCACCUCACAGUCUGACAAGGAUGGCAAUGCACGAGCUGCUCUUGUGUCUGAUGUUGCUGUAAGGAAUGCUGAUACGGAUCUUGGUACACAAUUGGCAUCUGCUUUAGUAGCACUUGAGCGACUUGCUGAGGAACGGGAAGCUGCUUUAGAAAAGGCAACUGAGAUGGAGGAACGUGUUUCUACACUUGAGGAGGAACUCCGUACAGCGCACUCAACCACGAAGAAAAUGUCUGCAGAACGUGAGCUACAUGUGACAAAACUUACGCAACUUGAGGAAACUGUUUCCCGUUUGGAGAGUUACGGUACAACACCUGAACAAACUGUGGCAGCUUUCACAACAGAAUUGCAACACACGCAACAACGUCUUCGUGAAGCAGAAGAAGAGAUCAUACAGCUAACGAAUAAGUUGAAUGCCGCUGGAGUUCGUGUACGCACCUCACAGUCUGACAAGGAUGGCAAUGCACGAGCUGCUCUUGUGUCUGAUGUUGCUGUAAGGAAUGCUGAUACGGAUCUUGGUACACAAUUGGCAUCUGCUUUAGUAGCACUUGAGCGACUUGCUGAGGAACGGGAAGCUGCUUUAGAAAAGGCAACUGAGAUGGAGGAACGUGUUUCUACACUUGAGGAGGAACUCCGUACAGCGCACUCAACCACGAAGAAAAUGUCUGCAGAACGUGAGCUACAUGUGACAAAACUUACGCAACUUGAGGAAACUGUUUCCCGUUUGGAGAGUUACGGUACAACACCUGAACAAACUGUGGCAGCUUUCACAACAGAAUUGCAACACACGCAACAACGUCUUCGUGAAGCAGAGGAAGAGAUCAUACAGCUAACGAAUAAGUUGAAUGCCGCUGGAGUUCGUGUACGCACCUCACAGUCUGACAAGGAUGGCAAUGCACGAGCUGCUCUUGUGUCUGAUGUUGCUGUAAGGAAUGCUGAUACAGAUCUUGGUACACAAUUGGCAUCUGCUUUAGUAGCACUUGAGCGACUUGCUGAGGAACGGGAAGCUGCUUUAGAAAAGGCAACUGAGAUGGAGGAACGUGUUUCUACACUUGAGGAGGAACUCCGUACAGCGCACUCAACCACGAAGAAAAUGUCUGCAGAACGUGAGCUACAUGUGACAAAACUUACGCAACUUGAGGAAACUGUUUCCCGUUUGGAGAGUUACGGUACAACACCUGAACAAACUGUGGCAGCUUUCACAACAGAAUUGCAACACACGCAACAACGUCUUCGUGAAGCAGAAGAAGAGAUCAUACAGCUAACGAAUAAGUUGAAUGCCGCUGGAGUUCGUGUACGCACCUCACAGUCUGACAAGGAUGGCAAUGCACGAGCUGCUCUUGUGUCUGAUGUUGCUGUAAGGAAUGCUGAUACGGAUCUUGGUACACAAUUGGCAUCUGCUUUAGUAGCACUUGAGCGACUUGCUGAGGAACGGGAAGCUGCUUUAGAAAAGGCAACUGAGAUGGAGGAACGUGUUUCUACACUUGAGGAGGAACUCCGUACAGCAAAGGAGAAGCUGGAGAGGAGUGUUGAGGAAAUAUCUUUUUUAAAAGAUGAAGUUUUGGUUAGUAAUCGUUUGCUUGUGGAUAGUGUUUCUUCUUUGAAUGGUAAAGUGGGGGAUAGUGAUGGUGCUGUUGGUGCAGAUGUUGAGAGGUUGUCUCGGGUUGUGGAUGAACUUCAUGCUCAAGUUUCCGCUACGAAGCGUGGUUUUGAAGAAUUUUAUGACCGUAGGAGUGAGGGUUGCGUGACGGAACUUAUUGUCGCAAGAAGAUCCGUUGAUCGCUCUAAUGAUGCGAGGAGGAGGUUGGAGGAGCGCAAUGUUCGGCUAGAGCAAGAUUUGGAAAGAAAAUGUCUGGAAGUAGUUAAAUUGCAGAAGGAGUGCCAGCGGUUGGAACAAUUUGUUCGGGCAAAGGACGUUCGUGGCGCGCACAGUGUAUUAGGUGUGGAUGGUUCCGUUGAUGUGAGUUCUGUGGGGGCGGAACCGGUGGACUUAGAGGCUGUAGAUCUCGCCCAGUUUCUACAAAUAUCAAGCCUUCACGCAGAUCUAAUGCUCUGCCGAAAAACUUGCCGUCAGUUGGAAUCCAAUCAAGAGGAACUUCUCUUGUCAUUGGAACAGAAUUCGUCGCAGUCAAAUGCGUAUCUGGAAGAUUUAGAUGAAAUUCGUCAACAGUUGGUGGAAAUGCGUCAGCAACGUGAAGAACUCAUAGCUGAGCGUCGUACUCUCACCGAGAGGGUCGAUGAACUUGGUCGUGAGCGAGGUGAGGAAGUUAGUCGGUUGAAACAGCAGAACAACUCGCUCUCCGCACAGUUGCAAGCGAGCCGCAAUAAACUCUCCGCACUGGAGGCAUCGAAACGUGAGGGUGAACUUGCGGCCAGGCAGCAAGCUGAGGAACUGGCGAAAGCAUUCAGUCUGAUGGAGGCUCAGGUGCAAACACUCCGCGAGGAGGUUGCAUCGACGAGUGGUUCCCCAAAACGGCAAAGCGGUUCCUCUCGUCAAAAGGCCGUUGUGGAGGGGGAUGAAGCGCGUAUUCGCAUGUCGCAGGCGCGCGUUACGUUCCUUGAAAAAGCUCUACAACGAAAGGAUGAGGAGGUUCAACGGCUGCAGGAUGAGCUUGUACAGAAGGACGAACAACUUGACCAGUAUGAACAAGAUGCGGCCAAGGCGGCACAAGAUGCGGAGAAUGCAUCAAGGAAGACCUUACAACUUGAAAGCGCAGUUCAGAAGUUGCAGGGCGAUAAGAAAGGUCUGGAGGACGAGCUUCGAUAUGCCAAGACAAGGGUUGUAACCUAUGGUGGUCGUGUGUCAUCAGAAGUGGCACAACACAGCAGCCCACCGGAACAGCAAAUUCGGGGGUCACCUGUGCUAGGUGCAGGAAGAACCACCAGAGAGAGGGUGAGCUUGUCCGUUGAGUCAUCACAUCAUUCCAGAAUCACUGAACAAACACAGCGACAGGUACGGCAAGUCAUGGACAUACGUAGCACAAGGAAAAGGUCUCGUUCAGCCAAUGCGGUCUCGUGA